UCCAAGGCAAACAACCCCCAUCGGUGGACCUGCCACAAGCCCACUCCCUGCGCCUUCACAGCUCUACUGAACUUGGCACUAUUCUACAAGGAGGAAAAAAACAACAAAAAAACCCACAGAUCUCUCUGGGAGAGCUGCAAAAGAGACCUGCCCUGGGUCUUAUAUACAAACACAUCCACCACACACACACACAGCUACAGCCACACUCACCCACCAGCCUGUUCUCACACACAAACACAGCGCGCACAUACACAGAGGAGCAAACAGUAUCUCUCCCUUCCUCUCUCCCUCUCUCUCUCUCGCUCACCCACUCUCCCUCUCCCUCCCUUCCACUCACACACUCUCUCUCUCUCUCUCUCUCUCUCACACACACACACACACGCACACGCACACACACAUACACACACACACACACACAUACACACACACACACACACACACACACAUACACUCACACACCACUACAGUAUAUCAGCUAGCGACUGGCGGAGAGACGGAGAGAGGGGAGAGCCGAAAUGAAUGUGAAGAUCCUGACGUUGGUGAUUGUGCUGCUGGUUUCUCUGCUGUGUUCAGCCCGUGCUGGUCCAAUGGCCUCCACCGAGCAUAGCAAGGAGCUGGAGGAGGUGGGCAGCAUGAGGACUCCUGUCCGGCAGAACCCUGCCCGAGCUGGUCGGAGCCAAAGACCCUCGGGCUGGAGGAGGAGACGCCCGCGGCCUCGCUUGUCCCACAAGGGGCCCAUGCCAUUUUAGAGCAAGGCACUGUUUAGAGCGCCCUCCCCCUUGGUUCUGAUUUCUAUGCUCUUCCUUUGCCUUGGGGGGCCUUGCAACAAGGGGCCUUAGCCAGCCCAGCCUGAAGAGUGAUGUCCAUAGCACCUGCUGGUUCUUCAAGCAACUCUUCUUCUGUCCACAAAGUACCAGGACAAGCCACUCACCCUCAGCUCUAUGAAGAAUUGUGGCCCGGGAACGGGUGGGGGGAUCGAGCCCGAGCUACCAGAUUCUAUCUCUCUGUCUGUCUCUCUCUCGCCUCCCGUGGUUUUUCCUCAUUCGCUUUCUAGAGCCCUUUCAUUGCCACACUUUGCAUGAUGUGUGAGCGCUGGGGAGUUUGGUCCAAAAAACAGCCUUCACCUGAAAGCGUCAGUUCAUUCUCCAAGGCACAUUAUUCCCAUUCUCUGUGUAAAGGUGAAAACUGCCCCUUUGUUCCAUUGCUGUGUUGUGGAAACUUCUGGUGUUGACAAUUGUGAUGAGGGAGGGAAAUGGCAAGGAUCUAAACAUCUUCAUCACUUCUUCUAUCCCAGCUACUUGCUAUAAAUGUAACAUUGUUACAUUUGACUUUUUUUUGCAUAUCUACUGCAAAAUGUCCUAGGAAAAUAGAUUAAGGACCACUUCAAUGUUAUUUUAUUUGGUUACCACUGCUGAAUAUAUAUAUAUAAGUACAUCUGGAUUGUGUUGCUUGGAAUUAAAAGUCUAUCUGGAGUCGAGAAAGCAGAAAUCGAUGACAUACAGAUGGGUUGCAUUUCAUCAUUUAUAUACUUACACAACCUGCUUUAAGCAUUACUGCUUCUAAAGAUUUCUCUGUCCAAAGCCAAUUAUGCAUUACACUAUAGACAACCUGGGAUUAUGAGCGGUGUGCUUAGGGUUUAAGCCACAGUGUCCCCUUAUUGGAUCACACUACUCUACUACCCACGAGUCUGUCCUGAGCCCUUUCCUGCUCCCCCACUCCACAACGCUCCACAGCAGAUAUACACGACUGUUAACUGGCCGGGGCGGUCUGCCCUACUGGGCAGAUCACCUCUCCUCUUAAUGAAGUGCCAAAUAGUAAAUAAACUGCAAUGCUGCCAGGAGAGACAAAAAGGCAGCAAACAUGUUACCUCUUAUUUUGAGAUGAAACAUCUACACGUAUGUAUGCAUUUCAACAUAUUUGUUUGAACAGUCAACGUAAAAGACAAUGGUAGCAAAGAGGAUAGUUUAAAGAAAUCAGACCAAAAAUCUUUUAAAGCAGACAAGGUUAGUGUGUUUUUGGAACCAACCACUAGUGCUCUCUUCUCUGACUGCUUAGAUGAAGGCUGGAUCGCCCCUUAGGACAGAUACCUUUUGAUUGACAGAGUAAUAUGCCUUUGUUUUACAUCGUACUGGAACUUAUUACCUUUUUAUUUUGGCUUUUAUUUUGUUUUUUUGUUAUAUUUCAGUUAUGUUUCUCAGGGUGCUGUGAGAGAAGCCUGUACCGAAUGGUCUAUAUUUUGUGCAUUUAUUUAAGUAACACGCAACACAUGCAAACACACACCUACAUGCACAGUUCAGUACAACGUAUAUAUGUUUUAUAUUUAUAUGUAAUCUCCCUGCUUAUGUAUCCUCCACUAUUGCUAUGUAUUCAAAUUCAGUUUUUGUAAGCCAUUAUCGUUCUCCCUGUUUUGGGAGCAGUUGCCUUUUAGCCUGAGCCUCUUCAGCACAGGUGGCCAUUGCUUUGAUGGCUGUGGUCAUUAAAUCCUACUGUUAAUCUAUUUCAGAUGGGCCUUGCUGGAGGUUAGCCGGAGCCACAGGCUCUCGGUGUCUGAGCUCAUUGUCCAAUUGGCUUAGAUUGUGACCGCACAUACCCUCACAUUCAACGUUUCACCUUAACAAUUUAAUACCCUAUAACUAAAAGUAAAGCAGGCCAUCGUUCCAUUUCCAUCUUGGUCCUUAUUUGAAGAGGUCAGUUCUCUUUUCUUUUCCCUCCCUUUAUUUAAGUUUUAAGCAAUUGUAAUGCAGAGACAUGAGGCUUUUAUGAGACUGUUAGCCAUAUUCAUAAUUGUGACCAUCAUUCAGUCAGCAAAGCUGGUGUUCUUUGACCAGUACUCUAGUCCUAGUGCCCAUCUUCUAUUUCUCUCUGAAAAUGGAACAGAAAUCCUCCAUCAUCGACGUCUUGCAGCAAGAGCAACUCUUAAUAAGAGAGUGCCUAAAAACCAUGGUGGUAAAACACCCAGCCAAGCUCACCUUGAUUAAAAAUGUAUUAAAUCUUAGGGUACUGUGAAUGCUAAUAAUUCCAGUCUCACCAUUAUUAUUUAAUACUCUCUCAGACAGAGAUGUAGAUUUCAUUAAAGCGCCUUCAAAAUGAGACAACUCCGGUGCGCGUCUAACGCAUUAGCAGGGCAGAAUCCAGAGGAGAUGAGCUACUUUCCCCAUCCGUGAGGCCGGGUCUGUUGAGAUACAGCCGAUGGGAUCAAAGAGACAGGGUUAGAAUCACUAUUUUUCUGUCUGGGAAGCUCCUGUCAAAGGUGCAGAAUAACGUCUGCAUCUGCACUGUUCUUCAUGAAUGUAUCUUUACCAUCUGCACCAGCUGAGCUGCCCCUUCAGGGAGUGAAGUAAAGCAGUGUUUCAGCACAAUUCAAGCCUUGAAAGAAAAAGGAAAAAAAAAAAAAAAGAAAAAAAAAAACACCCCCAUCACUGCUACAUAACACAACCCAUCAGUGAUGGCUAUCUGUUGGAUCACACUUCCAAAGACAAACGCGUCGUCGUCCAAAGCCUGUUAUAGCAGAGACCCCUAUCAAUCACUUGGCUUUGCUCCAACACUUCUCUGUAUGGGCAUGCAAGGCUGCACUUUUGCAAUUCCAUUAUGCUGCUGGAAAAAUAAAUCCUGAAAACACGUCUCUUGGCAUGUAAUGGUUUUCCAGUGUAUCGUGACAAUUUUAUUGACUGAUUCUUGUCUAGCUGGUUGUCCAAAGCUUACUUUUAAAUACAGUGUGGAAAGCUGUAUUUUAUUUGUGUGUGUGUGUGCGUGUGGUCGUAUAAAAAGUAUAGAGAAUUAGUCUGCUACACAAUAUGUCGUGGACACAUGAGAGUUUUCACACCUUCUACUUCUGCCUGGUGCAGCCCACAGUCCCCUAUCAGCCCAUCAGGUUAAUGAUGCUUGUGGUUAGAAGAGAACGAAUACACCCAGACUAAAAAAAAACAAACAAACAGAAGAAAUGGGAAGAAAAAAAAAAAGAAAUACAAACAAAAUGUCCUUAACUGUCUUUCCAGCAAA